AUGUCUACAACUUUAGGCUGGACCAUCCAAGACUGGUUGAAAUUUCAUGCCAAUUCAGUUCCAGAAACCUCUCUCCAGUCAUUGUUAGAUGUCGUCACAUUCGUCUCCAGCUCUAAAGAUCCUGUCUGGAUUUCCAUCGCCAACGAAGAAACUAUCACCCACCAAUGGAAUAUUUUGCAAUCCAAAUCAAAUAAAGAAAAAUUGCCUCUUUAUGGUGUCCCAGUGGCAGUAAAAGACAACAUUGACGUUCGUGAGUUCCCAACAACUGGUGCUUGUCCAGCUUACGAAUUUACCCCUACUGAAGACGCUACCGUUGUCAAACUCCUAAAAUCUUGCGGUGCCAUCGUCAUUGGCAAAACAAAUUUGGAUCAAUUUGCUACUGGCCUAGUAGGUGUGAGAUCUCCUUACGGUAAACCAACUAGUGUCUUUAGUGAGAAACAUGUAUCCGGCGGGUCAUCUUCUGGUUCUGCCGUCGCUGUUGGCCGUGGUAUUGUCCCACUUUCCUUGGGUACUGAUACUGCUGGUUCUGGUCGUGUACCUGCAAUGUUAAACAACUUGAUUGGUGUCAAACCUUCUCGCGGAGCCUUAUCUUGUAGCGGAGUGAUCCCAGCCUGCAAAUCUCUUGAUGUGGUUUCCAUUUUUGCUUUAAACUUGAGUGAUGCCCAAUAUGCCUUCAAUUUAUUGGCGAAACCUGAUCUUGCAAACGAUUGCUACUCCCGUGCAAUGCCAGAAAACCCAUUAUUCAAAUUUUAUUCAGGUCCAAAUCAAAAAAUAAAGAUUGCUAUUCCUGCGAACAUGCCAUGGUACGGUGAAUCCGAAAAUCCAAAAUUAUUUUCUAAAGCAAUUAGUGAAUUUAAAACUUUGGAGAAUGUCGAAAUCUCCACUGUUGAUUUCACCAAGUUACUUGAUCUUGCCAAGUGUCUUUAUGAAGGACCUUGGGUAGCUGAGCGUUACGCUGCCCUUGAAAAAUUUUACGAAUCAAAUCCAGAUCCAAAAUCUCUUGACGCAACUGUUUACAAAAUCGUACAAACUGCAAAGAACUUUGACGCAAAAGAUGCCUUUAACUAUGAAUACAAGCGUCAAACCAUCUUACAGGAUAUCAAACAAUCUCUUCUUGAGAAAUUCGAUGUCUUUAUAGUCCCAACUGCUCCAUUGAACCCAACUCUCAAAGACUUAGAAGAUGAGCCAAUCAAGGUUAACUCUUAUCAAGGAACUUGGACCAAUUUUGUUAAUUUAGCUGACCUCGCUGCAUUAUCCAUCCCAACUGGAUUCCGUUCCGAUGGUUUACCAUUUGGUGUUACUUUGUUAGGAAACACUUUUACUGAUUAUGCUCUUCUUGAUUUAGCCCAACAAUAUUUGACCAAGAUCCAUCCAUCAAGAUUUAUUGGUGGUCUUAAACACAAAACAGUCGGUACCGGUGACCAUCUUGACUACUCUAUCCAACAGAGGAUUGCUGGUGAAUCAUCAACUUCAAUUGAAUUGGCCGUGGUUGGUGCCCACCUUAAGGGAUUGCCUUUGAACUGGCAACUUGACAAGGUAAAUGCUACCUUUGUUGAAGCAACUACAACAUCAAAGGACUACAAGCUUUAUGCUUUACCAAAAACAGGUCCAGUCCUCAAACCAGGGCUAAGAAGAGUAGAGGUUGGUGGUGCCAAUAUCGAAAUUGAAAUUUAUUCUGUUCCAACUUCAAGAUUUGGUGAAUUCAUUAGUAUGGUUCCUCAGCCUUUGGGUAUUGGAUCUGUUGAAACAUCUAAGGGCAAAUGGGUCAAAUCCUUCAUUUGUGAGGAAGCAGGCUAUACCACCAAAGGUUCGGUUGAUAUUACUAGUUUUGGUUCCUUCAAGAAAUAUGUCCAAUCCUUAGAAUCUAACACCAGUGGUUUGCUUGGUGCUAAAAAGGUCUCAUUCAAGAAAGUGCUUAUUGCUAACCGUGGUGAAAUCGCUGUUAGAAUUACUAAGACUUUGAAAAAACUUGGAAUCUUGUCUGUUGCCAUUUACUCUGACCCUGAUAAGUACUCGAAACAUGUCGAAACUGCGGACCUUGCAGUUGCCUUGAAAGGUACUACCGCCGCUGAAACUUAUCUUGAUAUCGAUAAAGUCAUUGCUGCUGCCAAGAAAACUGGUGCUGAAGCAAUUAUUCCAGGUUAUGGUUUCUUGUCCGAGAAUGCUGAUUUUGCUGACCGUUGUGCCGCUGAAGGUAUCGUGUUUGUUGGUCCUUCUGGUGAUGCAAUUAGAAAGCUUGGUCUCAAACAUUCUGCUAGAGAGAUUGCUGCUGCUGCCAAUGUUCCGUUAGUCCCAGGUUCUGGGUUGAUUAAGGACUCUAAAGAAGCUAAAGAGUUUGCUGAAACCAUCGGUUAUCCUAUUAUGAUCAAGUCUACUGCUGGUGGUGGUGGUAUCGGGCUUCAAAAAGUUGAUUCUCCAGACGACAUUGAACGUAUUUUUGAAACCGUUCAACAUCAAGGGAAAUCUUAUUUUGGUGAUUCUGGUGUUUUCAUUGAACGCUUCAUUGAAAGUUCCCGUCAUGUCGAGGUCCAAAUCUUGGCCGAUGGGUUUGGCGGAGCCAUUGCUUUAGGAGAAAGAGAUUGCUCGUUGCAACGUCGUAACCAAAAGAUCAUCGAAGAAACCCCUGCUCCAAACUUGCCUCAGGCCACCAGAGAACGUUUGCAUGCUGCUGCAGAAAAUUUGGCUAAACUGAUGAAGUAUAAGAGUGCUGGUACUGUGGAGUUCAUUUAUGACUCUCAACGUGAUGAAUUCUAUUUCCUUGAAGUCAACACUAGAUUACAAGUGGAACACCCAAUCACCGAAAUGGUCACUGGCUUUGAUCUUGUGGAAUGGAUGAUUUACAUCGCUGAUGAUGCCGCUCCAAAUUUGGCUGAACAGAAAAAAUUAAUCAAGGUUAAUGGCGCCUCUAUGGAAGCUCGUUUGUACGCUGAAAAUCCUGUGAAAAACUUCAGACCGUCUCCUGGCCAAAUUACCGAAGUUAAGUUCCCGGAAUUUGCUAGAGUUGAUACUUGGGUCACUAAAGGUACCACUAUUAGUUCUGAAUACGAUCCAACUUUGGCCAAGAUUAUUGUUCACGGGAAGGACCGUGCUGAUGCUCUUCAGAAAUUGAACAAGGCUUUGGAAGAAACUGUUGUGCAUGGUGUGGUUACUAAUGUUGAUUACUUGCGUUCUAUUGCCUCUUCUGAACUUUUUGCUAACGUGAAGUUUCACACCAAGAUUUUGGAUUCCUAUGAGUACGAUGCCCAUGCUAUUGAAAUCCUUGCCCCUGGCGCUUACACUACUGUUCAAGAUUAUCCUGGUAGAACUGGUUACUGGCGUAUUGGUGUUCCACCAUCUGGUCCAAUGGAUAACUACUCUUUCCGUGCCGCUAACAGAAUUGUUGGUAACCAUGAACAUGCUCCAGGUAUUGAAAUGACUCUUGUUGGUCCAACCAUUAAAUUUCAUCAUGAAUCCGUGAUUUCCAUUACUGGUGGUAGAGUCAAUGCCAAAAUUGAUGGCGUUUCCGUUAAUCUGCAUGAACCUAUUACAGUUGCUAAAGGUGCUGUCUUGGAAGUGGGUAAAUUAGCAUCUGGUUGUCGUGCUUACCUUGGUAUUCGUAAUGGUAUCGAUGUCGUUGAGUACUUGGGAUCCCGUUCAACUUUUGCCCUUGGCUCUUUGGGUGGUUAUAAUGGCCGUACUCUUAAGUUUGGUGAUGUUUUGUUUUUGGGUCAACCUCAAUUAUCUGCCAACAGCUUGCCAGGUCCAGUCGCCAAACCUACUGCUUUGCCAAAAGCUCUCAUUCCAGACUUGGAAACCAAGACUUGGGAAAUUGGUGUUACUUGUGGUCCUCAUGGUGCUCCAGAUAUUUUCAAGCCAGAAUUUGUCGAAACCUUUUUCAGUGAUGAAUGGAAGAUCCAUUACAAUUCCAACCGUUUUGGUGUCAGAUUGGUUGGUCCAAAACCAAAAUGGGCUCGCUUGGACGGUGGUGAAGGUGGUUUACAUCCUUCCAAUGCUCAUGAUUAUGUCUAUUCUAUGGGUGCUAUCAACUUUACUGGUGACGAACCAGUUAUCUUGACCUGUGAUGGUCCUUCUCUUGGUGGCUUUGUCUGUCAUGCUGUUGUUGCCGAAGCUGAAAUGUGGAAAGUUGGUCAAGUCAAGCCUGGUGAUUCUGUUAAAUUUAUUCCAAUUACAUAUGACUCUGCUAGAGAAUUGAAGGUCAAGCAAGACGAAUCUCUUGAGAAUUUUGCUGGCCAGUUCCCAUUGGCUCUUGCUGAUUACAAGACCGCCCCUGAAGAUCCAGUGUUGUACAAACUUGAACAAUCAUCCAAGAAUCCAAAGGUUGUCUACCGUCAAGCUGGUGACCGUUAUAUUUUGGUGGAAUACGGUAAUGAUAAUAUGGAUUUGAAUUUGAGUUAUCGUGUCAACCGUUUGAUCACCAUGGUUGAAAACCAUAAGACCGUGGGUAUCGUUGAAAUGUCUCAAGGUGUUCGUUCUGUGCUUAUUGAGUAUGAUGGUAGCAAAAUCCAUCAGAAGAAAUUGCUUGAAAUUUUAUUGGCUUAUGAAAAAGAAAUCUUGUUUGUUAAUAAAUGGUCGGUGAAAUCUAAGGUUGUCAAGUUACCAAUGGCUUUUGAAGACAAGCAAACUCUUGCUGCUGUUAAGAGAUACCAAGAAACUAUCCGUGCUUCUGCUCCUUGGUUGCCAAAUAAUGUUGACUUUGUGGCCAAGAUUAAUGGAAUGACAAAGCAAGAUGUUCGUGAUUUGAUGUAUGCCGCUCGCUUCUUGGUUUUGGGUCUUGGUGAUGUGUUCCUUGGUGCCCCAUGUGCCAUUCCAUUGCAAGGAGAAUUGACUGCUAGAAGAUACCCAUUGCCUUUGCUUGGUUCCAAAUAUAAUCCAUCCAGAACUUUUACUCCAAAUGGUACUGUUGGUCUUGGUGGGAUGUACAUGUGUAUUUAUACUAUGGAAUCUCCAGGUGGUUAUCAAUUGAUUGGUAGAACCAUUCCAAUUUGGGAUAAGUUAUCUCUUGGUUCUCAUAGUACUGGUGCUGAUGGUAAGGAACAACCUUGGUUAUUGACUCCAUUUGAUCAAAUUGAGUUCUAUCCAGUUAGUGAAGAAGAACUUGAAGUGUUGACCGAACAAACCAACAACGGUAAGUUCAAGAUUGAUAUUGAAGAUUCUGUUUUUGAUCAUAAGGAAUAUAUGGAAUGGAUCCAGGAACAUAGCACUGAGAUUGAAAAAGUGAGAGAAUCAAAGAAGAUUGGGGAAAAGCUCGAGGAAUUCAAGACCUUGAUUCAAAUCUCAAACCAAGAAUUGAUGGAAAGUUCUGCUCCAAGAAUAGUAGAAGAAGAAGCUUAUCCAGAAGAUGCUGAAAUGGUGUAUUCACAAUACUCUGGUAGAUUCUGGAAGCCUUUGGUUGCUGUUGGUGACACUGUUGAAAAAGGUCAAGGUAUGGUUGUUGUUGAAGCCAUGAAGACAGAAAUGACUGUCACUGCUCCAAAAUCCGGUAAGGUUUUGAAGAUUAUUCACCAAAAUGGUGAUAUGGUCGAUGCUGGUGAUUUGGUAGUUGUGAUCCAUUAG